AUGCCCGUCGUCAAGGGAGGAGUAUGGACGAACAUCGAGGAUGAGAUCCUCAAGGCCUCUGUGUCCAAGUAUGGCCUCAACCAGUGGGCGCGUGUCUCGUCGCUGCUGGCGCGUAAGACCCCGAAACAGUGCAAAGCGCGAUGGAACGAAUGGCUCGACCCCAGUAUCAAGAAGAUCGAAUGGAGCAAGGAGGAGGAUGAGAAGCUCCUGCACCUCGCGAAGAUUAUGCCCACCCAGUGGCGCACAAUCGCCCCCAUCGUCGGCCGAACCGCGAAUCAGUGUCUCGAGCGAUACCAGAAGUUGCUGGACGAAGCCGAAGCCCGCGAGUCGUCCGGGCUUGGCCUCACCGGUCCUGAGGGAGGGGAGACCCAGGCGCCCAGCGCAGACGAUGUGAGGCGCCUGCGCCCGGGAGAGCUCGACCCUGAUCCGGAAACGAAACCUGCGCGCCCCGACACGAUCGAUCUCGAUGAGGACGAAAAGGAGAUGCUGAGCGAGGCUCGCGCGCGUCUUGCCAACACCCAGGGUAAGAAGGCGAAGAGAAAGGCUCGUGAGCGUCAGCAGGAAGAGUCGCGCCGUCUCGCCACCCUGCAGAAGCGACGUGAGUUGAAGACAGCCGGUAUCAAUAUCAAGGUCACGACUCGCAAGAAGGGGGAGAUGGAUUACAAUGCCGACAUUCCAUUCGAGAAGAAACCAGCGCUUGGAUUCUACGACACCGCCGAAGAACAAGUACUUAAUGAGAAACAAAGAACAGCUUUCGACCCCGCAAAGCAGCUACUGACGAGUAAACGAAAGGGGGAUGGGGAUGACGAUGGCGAUCGCAAGCGACGCAAGAAUGAAAAGGACGGCCUGUCUGAAUCGCAGAAAGCAGCAAUCAAGGCUGGGCAGAUGCAAAAGAUUCGAGAGGCAGAGCAAAGCAGCAAGCGACGAUCGCUCAACCUUCCCGCGCCGCAGGUCGGCGAGGGGGAACUGGAAGAGAUUAUCAAAAUGGGCAAAUUGGGAGAGACAGCAAACACGUUGGCCAGAGAAGGCGAUAAUGAUGCGACGAGAGGCUUGGUCAAUUCAUAUACCGCCAUAAACAACACGGCUCCUAUCCGCACGCCAAAAGCCCCCGAGGCAGAAGACUACAUCGCCAACGAGAUUCGAAACAUCCGCGCAUUAAACGAGACCCAGUCCGCUCUUCUUGGUGGCGAGAACACACCUCUUUAUCAAGCUCAGGGCACUGGAUUCGAAGGAAUUGCACCUCGCAGACAGGUCAUAUCAACGCCAAACCCUAUGGCUACCCCCGUUCGCAACGGUGUAAGCAGCCAGCCUGGGCAAACACCAAUGCGGACUCCUCGUGAUGCAUACGCCUUGAACCAAGACGACGGCUCAUCGAUGGCCUCGGCUACACCUCGAGAUAUUCGGAUGCGUGAUCUUGCCCUGAGAAAAUCCGUCCGGUCCAGCCUUGCGUCUCUUCCAAAGCCAAAGGAUUCAGAGUGGGAAUUCGAGAUUCCAGAUGAAGAGGCUGAAUCGAAAUCGAACGACAAUCUGCUGGAAGAAGAUGCCGCAGAGCGCGACCGCAGGAACGAGGAAAGACGAGCGGCAGAGGAAGCUCUCGAGCUGCGGAGACGGACACAGGUGAUGCAGAAAAGCCUACCCCGGCCUCUGCUCGUCGAUCUACCAACCAUGCUGAGCAAGGCGGAGGGAUUGUCAAAUCCGGCCGAGAUCCUCAUCGCACAGGAGGCGGCCAAGCUGAUAGCCAGUGAUGCUUCGAAAUACCCUCUGCCGGGCUCCAAGCUCAGAGGCAAGCACGUGCCUGUCCCGAUCAUCGACGACGAAUCCCUUGCCAACGCCCGUCUCCUCAUUCUGUCAGAGACCAAAUCUCUGCCUUCCUUUUCCGACAUCCAGAAUACCUUCGAAAGUCGCUCUAACAACGCCACUCUACUUAGCCUGGGGUGCUAUGACGACGAUGAGGAGGAGCAUCACGCUGCUCUAAGGCUAGCCUUCGAUUCUGUACAGGAUUCCAUCAUGGCUUCGGCCGAGCAAGGGGCCAAGCUCGAGAAGAAGCUCGCCCUACAUCUGGGAGGCUACCAGAAGCGCCAGAAGAUGCUGCGCGACAAGACCACCGAGGCCGCCGACGCCCUCGAGAAGGCCAGGAACGCCCUCAGCGGCUUCAAGACGCUCGCUAUCUCCGAGGAGGUGGCCAUCACCCGUCGCCUCGACAGCCUAAGGGAGGAGGUCGGUGCCGUGAAUCGCCGUGAGAGGGAGGCGCAGGAUGCGUAUCGGUUGGCGAAGGAGGAGCUGGAUGCUCUGAUGACCAAUGGGCAGGUCAACGGUGCCCACUAA